AAAAAAAUGGGGGGGGGGGAUCAAGAUAUUAACAAAACUUUGGGGGAAAGGAUUUAUAUCACUGGAACAUGUGAAUUUAAUUAGAAACUAAAAAUAUGUUCCCAAGUAAAGCUUAACUAGAUCUUAAAGGGGAGAUGACUCUCGGGGAAGGCUGAUAACGUCUUGCGGGGCUUUGCUGCAACCUGUCAUCUCGCUGCCUUGGGGCCAAUCAGACAUACUAAAAAGUGCAAAAUGAGCAGUACAGUAACCUCGCAGCCAGUUUCGCAGACCGGAACUAUGCAGCCGGUCGAUGGAGGUUGGAUGGAAGCACCUGUGGUUUUUGGAGAUGAUCCACAACACCUUGGAUAUCUCACCUUGAUUGAUCAGGUGCUGAUCAAACAACGUAUAGAACAUUUGGAAGUUGUUAUUGGAUGGGAGACCGUAAAUAAAUAUGACAUCCUGAAUUCUGUUGGUCAGAGAGUCUACUAUGCAGAGGAAGACACUAACUGCCUCAUACGAAACUGUUGCGGCCCCAGAAGGCCGUUCGACAUAAAAAUUUUUGACAAUCUCAGGGUCGAAGUGAUCCAUCUGUACAGACCAUUUCGUUGCUGUGCCUGGAUUUUCUGCUGUUUCUGCUGUUUGCAAGAACUGGAGGUACAGUCACCACCGGGCCAAACCAUAGGCUAUGUGCAUGAAGUUUGUGACCCGUGUGAAGGGGUGGGGAAGAUACAUAAUGUCAGAGGUAAUCUUAUUGCACUGGAAACUAUUCAGAUUAGAGAACUGGAUAACACCACUCAAGUCGGCACGAUCACCAAACAGUUUGGCGGUUUGCUCAGAGAGGGCCUCACAGAUUCCGAUUCCUUUACAGUAACAUUUCCUCUUGACCUUGAUGUGAAUAUGAAGGCAGUAGCAAUUGGUGCAGCUUUCCUGAUUGAUUUCAUGUAUUUUGAAGAAAAAUAAUAAUGGGCUGCAAAUGUGCAAACUGGACAAAGGUUACGUGCCUGCUGUGUCACUCUUGCAAGUUCUAUAGUGUGUCACCCAGCUGUUAUACUUAAAAAGAAAAGUAAACGAAAUUUCUCAUCUAGGAGGUCUCAUUUCGAGAUAAUUUUCUAAAUGCUGCCUUAGUAUGUUUGACAACAACAAUUUAAUUAUAAAGGUCAGCUGACGUAAUGGGCUGAUGUGACUGUGACAUUGCAGCACUAUCCCAUUAAUAUGUUCAUAUGCAUGAUCUACGGUCACAUACUUACACAUCUAUGCUUAAUUAAAGGUGGAUUCAAAUUUUA